CCGAGUCGCUCCCGCCGCCCUCCUAGCCCAGGCGGAGGUUCCUCGUACCGCCCUCAGCAUGGAGGAGCCGGAUGAGCUGGUGCCCGAUACGGGUGCUGUGUUUACAUUUGGAAAAACCAAAUUUGCUGAAAAUAUUCCCAGCAAAUUCUGGUUUAAAAAUAAUAUACCUAUACAUCUUUCAUGUGGAGAUGAACAUACUGCUAUUGUUACAGGAAAUAAUAAACUUUACAUGUUUGGCAGUAACAACUGGGGUCAGUUAGGAUUAGGAUCAAAGUCAACUGUCAGCAAGCCAACGUGUGUCAAAGCUCUAAAACCUGAAAAAGUGAAAUUUGCUGCCUGUGGAAGGAACCACACCCUAGUUUCAACAGAAGGAGGCAAAGUAUAUGCAUCUGGAGGAAAUAAUGAUGGGCAGUUGGGACUUGGUGACACUGAAGAGAGAAACACUUUUCAUCUAAUUCACUUUUUUACAUCCCAGCAUAAGAUUAAACAGCUUUCUGCUGGAUCUAAUACUUCAGCUGCACUAACUGAGGAUGGAGAUCUUUUUAUGUGGGGAGAUAAUUCUGAAGGGCAAAUUGGUUUAAGAAAUAUAACUAAUGUGUGUGUUCCUCAUCAAGUGACCAUUGGGAAACCUAUCUCCUGGAUCUCUUGUGGAUAUUACCAUUCAGCUUUUGUAACAAUGGAUGGUGAACUGUAUACGUUUGGAGAACGUGAGUGUGGGAAGUUAGGUCUUCCCGAUCAGCUGCUUUUUAAUCACAGAACACCUCAGCCAGUGCCUGGAAUUCCCGAGAAGGUGAUCCAAGUUGCUUGUGGUGGAGGGCACACUGUGGCUCUCACAGAGAAAGCUGUUUAUGCCUUUGGGCUGGGACAGUUUGGUCAACUGGGUCUUGGUACUUUUCUUUUUGAAAGUUCCGAACCCAGAGUCAUUGAGCAUAUUAAGAAUCACAAAAUAAGUUAUAUUUCCUGUGGAGAAAAUCACACAUCUUUGUUAACAGAUCUAGGACUGUUGUAUACUUUUGGAGAUGGUCGACAUGGAAAAUUAGGACUUGGACUGGAAAAUUUUACAAAUCAGUUCAUUCCCACUUUAUGCUCUAAGUUUUUGAGAUUUGUAGUUCAAUUGGUUGCUUGUGGUGGUUGUCACAUGCUAGUUUUUGCCACUCCACGACUUGGUGUGGCAGAAGAAUUCAAAUUAGAUGAAAUGAGUGAUUCUUACUUGUCUACAGCGACUUCUCUGCCCAUCGACAAUCUGACCUCAGGAAACAUACUGCACAGAACUCUAUCAGCACGUGUACGGCGAAGAGAGAGGGAAAAAUCCCCAGAUUCUAUUCGAAUGACACAAACACUACCUCCAAUAGAAGGGACUGGUUUUCCCCCCAGUUCAGUCCCUUUCUGUUUGUCUCCAAGUAAGCUGCCAGAGAAAACCAUAUGUGAAAAGGAGGACCCCAUGCAGUCAAUGGAACCAGAUUAUUUUCAAUAUGAAAUGACCGAAGGGAGAGAGACAGAAAAUUCUUCAGCAGCAGAUUCAGAAAGCCUUGGAGAAACUACUGAUGUCUUAAAUAUGACACAUAUGAUGACCCUGAAUUCCAAUGAUAAGUCACUAGAAUUGUCGCCAAUUCAAAAACAAAAGAAACAAGAAAUUGAGAAACUGAUGCAACAUACAGCUCAUACUGAAAAUGAUGAUAGUAAUGAAUAUGAAUAUGAAGAGAUGUCAAAAAUGAAAGAAGGGAAAGCAUGUAAACAACAUGUGGCAAAAGGGAUUUUCGUGAUGCCAGCAGCUGCGACCAUGGAAGCAUUUUCAGAUGAGGAAGUAGAUAAUGACUCAGGCCAGGCGGAGUCUCAGGCCAACACUGAUGGAGAGGGUUUGCAAAAAGAGAUAUUUAGUAAUGAAAAUAAAAGUGGUAUUGAUCAUCUUGAUGAUACGGAAAUAGAACAGGAAAGUGAUGAAGGGCAGAGUCAGAAUGAUUCAGAAGCAGAUGAAAUGCUCUCUGAGAAGGAAACUGAGCUAGCUGAAAUGGAAAGUCUGAAGGAUAUAAAAACAAGUGAGACUAAUGUAAAAAAUACAGAUGUAUUCUCUGAUGACUUACCAGGUAGAGACGUGAAUACUGAGAAUGAAGAAAAUAAAGAGUAUGUUAAGGAAAGGAAAAGUAGCAAGGAAGAUGUGAUCACUGACAGUGAAAGGGAAUCAAUAGAAGAGCCGGGCAGUUACAUGGAAGGCGAAAGCAAGAGUCAGCAGGGUGCAGCUGAUGGAUUUGAGCAGCCCGAGUCAGUAGAAUUCAGUAGUGAAGACAAGGAGGAUGAUGAAGUUGAAAUUGGCCAAAGCUUGUUGUAUAGCAGAAAAUUUAUUGGACAAGGAAAUGAGGAAGAGACCGAGCCCAAAAUAUCCAAAUUCGUGCCAGCAUUUGAUUUUAAGUUUGACCACUUGUCAGAGAUACCAGAGGAGCAGGAAGGAACAGUGAAUUCAGAAAGAAGUGGCGUAGAGGAACAAGAGGUAGAGACAAAUGAGGAAAAUGUGGAGAUGCAUGGAGGAAGAAAGGAGGAGGAAACAGAGUGCGUGUCAGAUGACCUCACAGACAAUGCAGAGAAUGAUGAAUUUUCAGAAAAUGAACUAGAAACAGAAAGUGUGGAUAAGGAAUUUAAUUCUGAAAAUCUGGAAGACGAGGAGAAAGCUGUGGAUGAUAAUGAAAAUGUUCUUUCAGAUGACCACAGUGAAACAGAAGAGGCAGAAAGAAACAAGGACAACUCAGCUACAACCAUUAAAAAGGGAGGAAAAGCCAACCUAGAAGAAUGGGCCAUUUGUGAAUAUAAUGAAAAUCCAAAAGGAAACAUGCAUGAUCAUGCAAGGAGCAGUUUUUCAGAAGUCCUGGAAGGUAAUGAAUUGACACGAAAUAAAGACAUAAAAAAACCAAAGAAGAUUUUUCUCUUUAAAAGGAUGUCAUUGACAGGUCAGAAAAGUGAACCUCUCCCAGAAAUAAAACCAAUAGGAGGUCAAAUGGCCUUUAAAAGCAAAAAGGAAAGUGCCAGCAAGAACCAUAUGGGGCAAACUCAUCAGGAUGCUUCACCACCAAAUACACAGAGAAGGUCAAAAUCUUGUAUGAUACUAUAAAUAUAUAUUUAUGUUUUCAUGGUCACCAAGCAAUUGUUCUUAAGUAAUUUAUGCUUGAAAAACUUUAUGACUUCUGAAGGGAUGUUUCUGAUAACAGACUUUUAAAGAUGUGAGUUAAUAUGUCUUAUUUGGUUUGAGCAUUAUGACCAGUUUUGAUAUUUAUUUAUGCUAAUAUUUUUAACAAGCAGUUUGACAAUAUGUGUAUCUCAAACUCUCCUCCAAGUGUUGUGGCCUUAACUGUUCAGUGUUGCAAAAAAAAAUAUAUUUUUAUAAGUGAAAAUUAAAUUAAGAUAUUUCAUAGUUUUUACUGAACAAUUUUACUUUAUAAUUUCAAAGGCCAUAUUUACAAUCUCAUGACACUGUAACAGUUUUUAAUGUAUUUGCAAUUUUUUUAAAAAGGCAGAAUUGUUUAUAAUGAACAUUUUAAUAAACUAUAUCUGGUCGGCUCUGUUAAAAUGGAUUAGUAUGAGUAAAAUUUGGAGGUACUUGGAGUUGUCAAUUCACAAAGUG